AUGCAAAUCUGGUUUUAUUCAUGUGUGUGUGUGUGUGUGUGUUUGAUACUGGAUAUAGAGGACAGGAUGAAAGCGCCGGUGUUUUUAUUAGCCUGGUUUUACCUGUGGAGAGAAGCAGAAGGAGCUCUGAGGACGAUGGGGGGUCCGGCCAGAGGAACGUCCACACGGUCAGAGGUGGACGAGGGGGCGGCGGCGCUCCGGCGCUCUAAACGAGGCUGGAUGUGGAAUCAGUUCUUCCUCCUGGAGGAGUACACGGGAAACGAGGUUCAGUACGUGGGGAAGCUGCAUUCGGAUAAAGACCAUGAGGACGGGGCAGUGAAGUACGUCCUCUCAGGCGAAGGAGCCGGGAGCAUCUUCGUCAUCGAUGAGAAUUCGGGGGAUCUUCACGCCACGAGAAGGCUGGACCGCGAGGAGAAAUCGUCUUACACACUCAGCGCCAAAGCAGUGGAUAAAAUCACAGGACGGGACCUGGAGGGGCCCUCCAUCUUCACCAUCAAAAUCCACGACAUCAACGAUAAUGAGCCCAAAUUCACCAAGGACCCCUACAUUGCCUCUGUGCAGGAGAUGGCCGACGUGGGUACGUUUGUUGUCCAGGUAACAGCGCUGGAUGCUGAUGAUAUAACGUACGGAAAUAGCGCCAGAGUGACGUACAGCAUUCUGCAGGGUCAGCCGUACUUCUCUGUGGAGCCCGAGUCAGGUAUAAUCAGGACGGCUCUUCCUAACAUGCAGCGUGAGAUCCGAGAACAUUACCAGGCUGUGAUUCAGGCUAAAGACAUGAUGGGGCAGCUGGGAGGGCUGACGGGUACCACCACCGUCAACAUCACGCUGAUCGACGUCAACAACCACCCGCCCAGAUUCACACACGGUGUGUACCACAUUAGCGUUCCUGAAUCUGCCGAGGUGGGGGGUACGGUCGGUGUGAUCACGGCCACGGACGCAGACGUGGGCAAGAACGCCGAGAUGAACUACAAGAUCACAGAUGAGCAGGACGUGUUCCAAAUCAGCACUGACCCAGCCACCCAGGAGGGAGUGCUCACCCUGAGGAAGCCUCUGGACUUUGAGAAGAAAAGCUCGUACACGUUGAGGGUUCAGGUGGAGAACAUGUACCUGGAUCCUCGAUUCCAGCUUAUCAGAGACUCGUCCACCGUGAAGAUCUCAGUGGAGGACGUCAACGAGCCGCCCGUCUUCAAACGCCCCGCCUACACCAUGGAGGUGAAAGAAGACGCCCAGUUGGGAACGAUUAUCGGGACUGUCAGUGCCAGCGACCCCGACACCAAUCACAAACCCAUCAGGUAUCAGAUAGACUGGCACACGGACAUGGAUCACGUGUUUAAUGUCCAUCCGAAUAACGGAUCACUUUUCAUCUCACGUUCUUUGGACAGAGAGGAGAAAGACUGGCACAACAUAUCAGUACAAGCUUCUGAAUAUGAUGGUCUGAUUGGUCACGUUCCUGUCUACAUCCAAGUUCUAGAUGUUAACGAUAACGCGCCGACAUUUGACACCACAUAUGAAACUUUUGUGUGUGAAAAUGCCAAAGUUGGACAGAGGAUCCAGACAAUAAGCGCUGCAGAUGCAGAUGCGCCAACCAACGGACAUCAGUUCUUUUAUCAUUUAGCAGAGGAAGCUUCCAGAAAAUCCAACUUUACUGUUCGAGACAACAAAGACAACACGGCGACGAUCCUCACCCACCGCGGGGGCUACAGUCGGCUAGAGAAGAGCUCGUACCUUGUACCCGUGGUGAUCUCGGAUGGAGACUUUCCCACGCAGAGCAGCACCAACACGCUAACGAUACACGUGUGCUCAUGUGACCGCGACGGGACCACGAGGAAGUGCGAAGCGGAGGCGUUAGCGCUCGGCGCAGGGCUCAGCACGGGGGCGCUAGUCGCCAUUCUGAUGUGUAUCCUCAUUCUGCUAACGAUGGUGGUCUUGUUCGCGGCUCUGAGGAGGCAGCAGGAGAAGCUCGACCCCCUGAUCGUCUCCAAAGAGGACGUCCGGGACAACAUCGUCAGCUACGACGACGAAGGCGGGGGUGAAGAAGACACGCAAGCGUUCGACAUCGGAACCUUGAGGAAGGCGGAAACCCUGGACGACGCGGCGCAUCGCAGAGAUGUCGUACCCGAGGUUCCGCAUCAUCCGCCUCCGAAAAACUGCAACCAAUCAGAAUCUAGAAACGUCCAGGACUUCAUCACUCAGAGGAUCUGUGAAAACGACCAGGACGACGCGGCGCCACCGUACGAUUCACUCGCUACGUUCGCUUACGAGGGGAACGGCUCGGCCGCCGAGAGCCUGAGCACGCUGGGGUCGGUCAGCAGCGACGCGUUAAGUGAUUUUGAGUUCUUACACGAGUGGGGGCCGAGGUUUCAAAGACUGGCGGAAAUGUACGGAGGACAUGAGAGCAACAAGGACCCGUCAGAGAGCAGGAGAGUAAACGGACUGGUGUGAAACGAUGAUCAGAUCUUAAUGACGCUUGUAUAUGAGCACGAGGCUGAGAUUUGAGGAACUGCGGCAAAACAUAAUGAUGCUGGACAACUAGCAGUGACCAGACUUGACCCCUGUAAUGAGACGAGGCCGGUGGCUUUUCCUCCGAAGUGCUUUGCUGAUAAUUACGUAUGUACGAGCCCAGACGAUAAGGACCAGAGUCUGGACCACGAGGACUGAAUAAAACUGUGUAUGUUUUUAUGAACACUACGCUGAGCGUCAUGUACGAUGCACAAUGCAAAAUACCCCAAACAAUAUGGAUGUCAAUGUAUGCAGUGGGAGUGGGCGGGGUUUAUGGCCUUAAAUAUUUCAAAUCUUUUCAUAAUAAAAGUCUGUUAAUGUUUCUGAGGUCGGAGGGGCGUAAAAACAGGUCGCUUGAAAUAAACCACAUGUUCCUGA